CAUCCUCACCUCGUCACUGCCGUUUGUAUAUACUCCGUUUCCUUCGCCAGAGAAACCAUUUUGAGAAUGGUGAGUCCGCCGCUCGAUUGUCAGCGCUGCUCCGCUGUUCUUUUCGCAUUUUCUCGGGCGCCUAUACCGACGACCCAACCCUAAUUGGUGUUCUCGUAUCACCCCACCUCACUUCUUGCUGCGUUCGCGUUGCGUCGCGCCGUUGGAUGCAGGCGAAGCAGCGGGGGGGCAACAAGCCUGUGCCGGCCGUAGGGCAUGACGGUUCGGACGACGACGCCUACCCAUCCCCGCCCAAGAGGCUCGGCCGAGGCAGCAGCGUCCGAGGCUCGAACCUCUCCACAACAGCCGCGGCAGCGGCGGUAGCGGCGGCAGCAGCGGCGGGGGUCGCGGGCGCGGGGAUGGUGGGGGGGAGCGGAGGGGGGCCUGCGGGGAUGGAGGGGGUGGAGGAGGGGGGCGGGGCGGGGAGCGCGUGGGAGGGGAUGCUGCAGCAGCUGGAGCGAGAGGCGUACUUAGCCGUGAUCAGAGCGUUCGGCGCGCAGUCAGAGGCGAUCACCUGGGCGAAGGAGCGGCUGAUGUCGGAUCUGCGCAAGGAGCUCAACAUUCAGGACGAGGUGCACCGCAUGCUGCUGUCGCGCGUGCACGAGGACGAGAACAUCCGCCUUAUAUGUGAUUGGAAGAAGGCGCGGGAUGCAGGGGCCUACCUGCACCAUCCGCCUCCCCCCCCUCCCGCGCCCGCGCCUCCCCCAGUUGCGCCCUCCCCCGAGAUCAUCCCCCCAGCCUCCUCACGCAAGCGGCCAAAAAUGGCCGCCCUUUCCGCAGCGCCCCUGGGGAAGGGCAUGGGGGCGGUCGGGGGGGUCGGGGGAGGGGGAGCGGGAGUGGGGGCGCCGUUUGCAGUGGCGCCUGUGGAGGCUGCGCCCCUAGAGAGCUGGUGUCUCUCCGGUACCCUUCCAUUUACUCACGCACUUGCGCCGCACUUUCACCUAGCAGCCUUUUACUCCUCACCUUUCGCCACCUCCUCCUCCUCCCCCCCACCUCCGGCGUGCCCCUUUCCUCCUCCCUUCUUCCCGUCUUCCCCUCCCCCCUUUCCCCCAGCCUAUCGUCCCCUUUACCUUUCUGCCGGUGCGCCAGGGGGACCGGGGAGGGGGGCAGUGGGGGGAGGAGUGGCGGGGGCAGUGGGGGGGGUGACGCUAGACCCGCUGAUAGGCCGGAGGGUGAAGACCCGGUGGACGGAGGAUGGCGUAUCGCGGUGGUAUGAGGCGGUGGUCACGGAUGUGGAUGUGGCGAGGGGCCUCUACUCGCUGGUGUAUGAGCUCAACACGGCGGACGAGAGCUGGGAGUGGGUGGACCUCUCGAAGAUCCCUAAAGACGACAUCAUAUGGGUGGAAGGCCCUCCCGUGCUGGACUUCAUCCGCCCUCCCCCACUCCCACCGCCCACCGCCGCCGCUGCUGCUGCUGCUGCGGCUGUUCCCCCUGCUAUUCUGGGUGCUGUGGGGGAGAAGGAUGCCAAGAAGGCACCUGCUGCAGCAAGAACAGCAGGGAAAAGUGGGGCCGCUGCCGCUGCUGCUGCUGCUGCUGCUGCCAGUGCUGCUGGUGCUGCUGGUGUGACAGCAGCAGGAGCAGGGGGGGAGGCUGGAGCGAGUUAUUACGGGAAUGUUGCAGGGGUGACCGCUGGAGGGGGCCCUGGAAGCGGGGGGGGAGGGGAGGGGGAUGGUGUGGUGGGGUGGUUGAGGCGAGUGGCCAGCCUGCCGCCCCUUGUGGAUAUUCUCAAGUUAGAGAAUGUGGAGGGGGAGGAUAACCUAACCAAGCUGGCACAUGCCAAGAGACUGAUCAAGGAGCGGGAAAGCGAGCUGCGGAGGGCGCUGGCGAUUCUAGGGGAGGACAGCGAGGAGGAGGUGGAGGAAGUAAAGGGGGGGGAUGAAAGCCAGGGGGGCAAGGGCGGCACUGUCAAAAGGGGCUCUUCGAAACAGUCUGUCUCACCCUCCGCCUCUGACCCUUCCACUGCCAGCGGAAGGGGCAGAGAAGGGGGGGCGAGGGGAGGGGGUGGGGGAGGGGGAGGGGGAGGGGGAGGGGGAGGGGGAGGGGGAGGGGGAGGGGGAGGGGGAAGGGGAAGGGAAAGGGGAGGGGAAGAAGCAGGAGGUCAGAAGGGGGCAGGCGCAGGGGAUGGGGGUGGCGGGCGGUCUCGGUUGUCUUCUAGCAGCCGAUCAUCUGACGAGGAUGAUGAAGAUGAUGACAUCAGCAAGGGGCGUAGCGAUGAGGAUGAUGAUAUCAGCAAGGGCCGGCGCAGCGGCGCAAGUGGCAGGGGCAGCCCGGGCAGGAGAAGAAUGAGCCCGAGAGGUGGGCCGGGCAGCCCGAGGGACAGGAAAAACAGUCUGAGAGCGAGGCAAGAGAGUGAGGGGAGUGGAAGGAGUGGGGAGUACAGUGAGGGGAGUGAGAGGCGGAGGGGCAGGAGCAGAGAGAGGAGCGUUGAUAGUGGGAAGAGUGGGGAGAGGAGGAGCGCGGGGAGUGGGAGGAGUGGGAGGAGUGAGGAGGAGAAGGGGAGGGGUAGGAAGGAAGUGAAGGGAGGAGGGGAAGAAAUCGGAAGGAAGAUAGCAGCAGCAGGUGGGGCACCCAAGGGAGGCGACAGUAGAGGGAGCAGCGAGAGGAAGGGAGAAGAAAGGAAGGGAGAGAGGGGGGGAAGUGUGAGCAGCAACAGUGGGAGCCCCAAACGAGCGACGUCUGGAGGCGAUAGGAGCUAUGAUGACAGGAGUGUGGACAACAGAAAAGGCUGCACAAGGGGUGGGGAGGGCAACAGGAAGGGUAGCACAAGGAGUGGGGAGAACGCAAGGCAAGCACCUAGCGGGGGGAGGUCGGGAGGGGAAGGGGAUGAGGAGGACGAGGUGGAUAUUGACAGGGACGAGGGCACCAGCAAGGGCUCACCUGUAGGGUCCAGAGGGGAGCCUACAGGGGGCUCCAAGGGGGUGUCCAGGGGGCCCUCGGCUGGUUGCUCUCGCAGUCGCUCUCCUGCUCGCUCCGAUGGGGGCUCCUCCUCGGAUGAGUCCAAGUAGGGGCGUUCGCCCAGCCGAUGGCCCGACGCGGUCGAGUAGGACUGGCACAUGAUGCUCGCUCCUGUGGUGGGUUGAACUGAAGACGCGGGUGUUACUCUGCUGGGUGGCCUGAUGGGAUCAUGGGAUGGGACUCUUGGUAGGAUGAGUCGGGUCAUUUGCGGAGGCGGAUGCGCUUGUGAAGGGCUAGGGAAUUCGAGAGUUGGGGUGCUCUCUGCUCUGCUGGUUGCUGCUCACCCUGCCCGUCUGCUGACUGGUCUGAUAGGGAGUCCUCAUCAAGAAAGGUGCUAGGGGUUGUGGUGGUGGUGGUUUUGUGACAGCCCCAUUUCAAGAAGGGUUCUCUUGAAGCCAGCGUUUAUUAAAGCCAAUGGUGCCUA